CUCUCUCCCACCGCCUGCCUUCUCCAUCUUCUUCAUCAACCACAAAUGAAACCCCUCGCAGGCUUCCUCCUCGUAUCCUCCUCGCUCUCCCUCUGUUGCUUGCUCCUGUCCAAGUUCCUCGAGCCCGAGUACUUCUCCAGCGCUGAGUUCGACGUCCGUGUCAUCAACGGCUUCCGUACCAACUCCUCCCUCCCCCUCGUGAUCUGGUGCUCCUCCGAUGACCACGGCGACAUCGGCGGACGGGCCCUCCAGGAGGGCGACGACUUCGGCUGGGUCGCCCGCGCCAACUUCUGGGGGGCGGCGGCCCACUUCCUCUGCACCGUCAAGUGGGACGGCAUGAGGAAGCGGUUCGACGCGUUUGUGGCCGGGCGAGAUGGCCGCCGGUGCGGCCCCCUCAGGAAGUGCUCCUGGCUCGUGAGGGAAGACGGGUUUUACUUCAGCAGCGAUGAGGUCAGCUGGAAGAAGGACUUCUCGUGGUUUUAGGACUGAGUUUUGGCAGGUUAUGUAUGGUUCAUUCCAUUUAAGAAUAACACCUAAGUACGAGGAAACCGGCACAUUAAAAUGAGUGUACUAAAUGAUGCGACAGAUUGUAAGCUAAUAUUUACAAAACUUCGUCUCGCAUUUUUUUCGUGUAUUAAUUCUAUGAGUC